CACGACAACACUAUUUCCCCGCAGAGGUCUUAAAUACACACACACAUACACGCGCACACACACACACAGAUAGCUCUUCCUUGCCCCUGUAGGGUAUAUAAGCAGAAGCAAAGGACUCCCGGACGGAGCAGCAGCAGCAGCCUGACUCAACCAACAUCAGCUUCUCUCUCCAACUUCACCUGAGGUGCGUCCACUCCGCAUUCAAAUAUUCGAAGACACACGUUCUCCUUCAAGGGAUCAUCCAACCUGAACCAUCACCACCAUGUCUGACCAAGAUGCCACCCCAACCCCCUCUCCUGCCCCCCCUCCACCCACUGGACCCCGUCCCAAGGUCACAAACCGUGGCCGCACCGCAAUUCCCAUUGCCAGCUCCAACUCUGACACAACGGACAUCCCCGAGUUUGAGCACUUUGGUGUACUGGGCCCGAGAGGACUUCCACCUCUGACUGAGUAUCUUGACAUCCACGGCGUGGACAUGAUGAAGAAGCUGGAUGAGAGCAACAAGAUGCUUCACCACACCACGUUGUACCAAUCCGACUAUCUCAUCGUCCGACGAGGACAAGAGUUCCAGGUCAAGAUCACCUUCAACCGUCCCUACAAUUCUGCUCAAGACAAGUUUGCUGUGGAGUUUGUCAUUGGCUCCAGUCCUCAGUACAGCAAGGGCACCUACGUUCCUGUAUUCCCCACUAGGGACCGUCAGGGGCCCUGGGCAGGCCGCAUCACAAACACAUCCGACAACAUUGUCACUUUGGGCAUCACUCCUGCAGCAAACUGCAUUGUGGGGAAGUACCACAUGUAUGUUGCUGUGGUGACGCCCUUUGGCAUCCGCAGGACCAAACGGGAUGACAGCCGAGACCUCUACAUCCUGUUCAACCCCUGGGCGGCAGAUGAUGCUGUGUUUCUGGAUGAUGAGCGAGAGAGAGAGGAGUGUGUGUUAAAUGAAUUGGGGAUAAUCUACCACGGCGCCUACGACGACAUCGCUGAGAGAGACUGGAACUAUGGACAGUUUAACUUUGGAGUCCUGGACGCCUGUCUGUUCAUCAUGGACAAGUCUGGGAUGCCCAUCACCAACAGAGGAGACCCCAUCAAGGUGACCAGACAGGCCUCUGCUAUGCUGAACUCUCACGAUGAAGAUGGUGUGUUGGUGGGGAACUGGAGUGGCGACUAUACCUAUGGCGUGGCGCCCACUUCCUGGACUGGCAGCACAGACAUCCUGCUCAGCUACUCCAGAAACGAUGCGCCGGUCUGCUACGCUCAGUGCUGGGUCUACGCCGCAGUCUUCAACACCUUCCUGCGCUGUCUGGGCAUCCCAUCCCGGGUCGUCACCAACUUCUUCUCCGCCCAUGACAAUGACGGAAACCUGAAAACUGACAUCAUCCUGGACGAGAAUGGCAGGAUUGACCGAAACCGCACCAAAGACUCUGUCUGGAACUAUCACGCCUGGAAUGAGUGCUACAUGUCCAGGCCAGAUCUCCCUGCUGGCUUUGGAGGUUGGCAAGUUGUGGAUGCAACACCACAGGAGACCAGCGAUGGCAUGUACAGAUGUGGUCCUGCAUCAGUCCGGGCCAUCAAACAUGGAGAGAUGUGCUUCCCCUUCGAUGCUGCCUUUGUGUUUGCUGAGGUCAACAGCGAUGUGGUGUUUUAUUGCCGGAGAAAAGACGGGACCAUGGAGCCAGUCAAAGUGAACCAGACUCACAUAGGCCGCAAGGUUUUGACCAAAGCUGCCGGGGACACGACCCGCCGGGACAUCACUGAUCAGUACAAGUUCCCUGAAGGCAGCACAGAGGAGCGAACCGUCCUGGAAAAAGCAGAAGAGUUUGGCUGCAAACGAGAGAAGUCUAACCCUCCUCUGGCUGACGUGGACCUGGUCCUGCCCACCCUGGAGAUAAGCGUGGGCGACAACUUUGAGCUGAGCGUGGAGUUCAUAAACCGAAGUGACCAGAAGCGCACCGUGGACAUCUACAUCAGCGGGAGCGUGGUGUAUUACACCGGAGUCACCAGCUCUGAGUUCCUGAUCAUAACUCCCACAGUGAAGAUUGAGCCCAACAAAACUGCAAAGGAGAUCGUGGUGGUCCAGUCAGAGCAGUACAUGAGGCAUCUCGUAGAACAGGCCAACCUUCACUUCAUCGCUACUGGGAAGAUCAAGGAGACCGGCCGGAUCGUCACCGCCAUGAAAGUCAUCACCCUGCGCAAUCCCAAACUCGUUGUUGAGAUAUCAGGUGGAGGCAAAGUGAAUGAAGAGAUGAUGGCGAAGGUGCAGUUUACAAACCCCUUCACCUUCAGCCUGGAGGGCGUCUACAUUCGAAUGGAAGGACCUGGAAUCAUGCCGCCCAAGUUCAAAUAUUACAGUAUGAUCCCAGGAGGCUCCUCCCUGACCUGGACAGAGCUUUUCACUCCGCAGAGGGCCUGCUCCACCAGGGUAAUGGCUACUCUGGACUGUCCUGCCCUCAGGGAGGUCUCUGGCCAGGCGUCCUUCACCAUCAAGCCCUGA